CCCAAAAGAAGCAAAGAAAAAGGAGAGAAGACAUCAAGAAAGGAGAGAGAAACAAACACAAACACUUGGGUUUUGGUUUGGUUCAUGCUCUUUUCACGAAGAGGUCCUCUCGAUUCAGAUCAUCCUCAACAAACACAAACACCAAGCACAACAACACCACUUCCUCCCUCUUCCAAAUCCAUCGUAACCCACUUCUUCUCCACCGACCCAUCUCUUCUUCUCGCCUCCAAUCCUCUCAAACCAACCGUCCUUCACCGAUCGCACCAGGUGAAUCAUGAUUGGACGUAAAAAUUCUGGUCGUGAUAGCAUGCAGUUGCAGUUGCAGUUGCAGUGAGUGAACCUCUGAAGGUCGAUACGUGAGACUGAGUGAGCGAGAAGCAGAAACAGAAGAAGGUGAACCAUGCCGAAUCCGGUGGUGAAGGUGAGGUGGAACACGAUUGCAGCAUGCAUGACUUGCCCACUCUGCAACAAGCUAUUCAAAGAAGCCACUACCAUAUCAGAGUGUCUUCACACGUUUUGCAGGAAGUGCAUUUAUGAUAAACUUUCAGAUGAGGAAUUGGAAUGCUGUCCAAUUUGCAACAUUGAUUUGGGCUGUGUUCCACUUGAGAAACUGAGGCCAGACCACAAUUUGCAAGAUAUGAGGGCCAAAAUUUUCCCCUUAAAGGGAAGAAAGGCGAAGGCACCUGAAGUUGCCCCCUCAGUACCAUUACCCGCUAGAAGAAAGGAGAGAUCUCUUUCGUCUUUGGUGGUGAUCACACCAAGGGCAUCCGCGCAGGCAACCAUGACAGGAAGAAGAACAAAACCUACAAGAAAGGCUAGUGGUCUGCGGUCCUCUAGUUUUUCCAUCGAAAAGCCCAUUAAAAAAGAGGAAGUAUCAGGAGAUCAUCCUGAGAGUUCAAGCUCGCGGGACACUUCAAAUAAGCUUCCUCAGAAUACUGAACAGAGUUCGUCACCUUGCGGCGGUAGUCAAUCCAAACCCAAUAAAGAAUCAGAGAAUAGUGCCGAACCGUGGGAUGCAAAAUUGGAUCUUUGGAAACCUUUGAAUUUUUUAGUAGAGGUUGCUAGUAGGAGUAAAUCUUUCAAGUCUAAUGCGCAAGGGUCUGAUGCUAAGCUAGAACCCAUUCCAGUAAAUGAGAGUGACUCUCAAGUGCAGAAAACCAAAAAUAAGGAAAAUAAACGCAAGGCAAAAGUUGAGAAUGAAAGGAUUAGCCCUCAUCUUGUCUCUUCAGAUACAUCAAAACCUAAUAAGUUGCGCAGAAUACGGAAGAAAAAGGAGCCUGCUCUUGGGGAAUCAGGCAUAUCACCCCAAGCUGUGCUGCAUUCUUCGAGCAAUAAACUCUUAAGGGAUGGUCCAAUUUGGUUCUCCUUAGUAGCUUCUGAAAACCAGGAAGGAGAUGCACCUUUGCCCCAAAUUCCUUCAAGUUAUGUGAGAAUAAAGGAUGGAAGCUUACCUGUCUCAUUUAUCCAGAAGUACCUAAUGAAGAAACUAGAUCUGUCCAGUGAAUCAGAGGUUGAAAUUAAAUGUAUGGGACAACCAGUGAUCCCUACACUGCGGCUACACAAUUUGGUCGAGUUGUGGCUCGAUUCAGCAGCCUCCUCAUCGCUCCGAAUUCCAGCAACUAUUGGGUCCUCAGCAAAGGAUUUUGUCAUGGUCCUGGCUUAUGCUCGGAAGGUUUCACACCCUUGAUGAUGAUUCCCCUUUCACAUUUUUAAUGCACCUUAAAAAUCUUCAUCACAUCAUUGUGCUGCAUGUAUGCUGAACAUACAUGUAGUAGCUCUGUCUUGGAGGAUAAGAAAAGCCAAAUAAAUUAUCAAGAAAUUCAUUCUCCAUAAAAACAUACCCUUCUGCCAUUAGUCAUGAUCUGGUUGGUCGUUGUAAUGAUCAUCACAUCCUGAUUUUUAAAGAUUGUGCUUUAUUUUUAUUUUUAAAUUUUGCACAUUCCAAUAAUUUGGAGUGCACAUGUGACUUAGAUAGUAUACCUAGCUGCAGGCCACCAUACCUGCUUAGAAGAGUAGAGAUAAUUUAUUCGGAUUUUGACAUUUGAAUGAAGAGUUUUUGUUUUAUUUUUUUA